CAAACCAAUAAAUAUAUGCAAUAGUUUAUUGAAAAAAUGUAUUUAUAGAUGCAAUGACCCACAAUUCAGAAGCACAGAGCAUCCCCAAUGGCCAAAAAGGGGGUUGCCCCACUUCAGAAAUAAUGUUGAAUUGACUACCUGUCAUCAUCGUCAUCAUUUGUCUUCAACCAUCAUCACUCAAUAUCCAUCAACCUAUUAUCUAUAAUACCAAAUUCCAACAAUAAACAACUUCACUAUGGACCGUAUUCGCGAGAAAAUGAGCCACCUCCAGGCAGACGUCGACAAGGCCAAAGCCGAGGCAGAAAAGCUCACAUCCAAAGUCAAAGAACUCGAAGAAAACAAUCUCGAAAAGGACGCGCAGAUUGCCUCUCUCACAGACCACCAUCACGAGCUCGAGGAGCUGGUCGAAAGGACCGACAAGAGCGUUCGUGUGCUGAAAGCCCAACGUGAUCAAGAUGAUAUCCAGGCCGGACAUGAUGAGCGCCGUGUCCAGGCUCUCCAGACGUCGUGCGAUCAGUGGGAGGCCAAGUGUAAGGAAAUGGCAGAGAAGCAUGCCAAGUUGCAGAACGACUUGGACAGCCUUGUGGGCGCCAUGGGUGAUAUGUAGAUCUAUGUAUUAUAUUCUGUUCGAUUCUGCAGAUACCAUAAUUGUACCAGUCAACAUAACAAGGAAGGAUCAUGUUCUUCUAUCGCA